AUUUUGUUAUUAUGAUAGCAAUGCCGAAUCUCAAAUAACGUACUUAUUCUUUUCUGUUUGAUACUUUGUAAUAUAAUGUAAUUUUUUUACUUUUCCAAACAUUACAGUAUAAUAUCAAAAAUAUAAAUUAUAAUGGAUUAUACACCAGCAGUGUCUGCAAUUCAAGGCUUAUUUGUGUCUGCAGACAAUGUUUAUUCAUUUUCUAGAUUAACAGCAAAAGGCGGUAAUGAAGAAAAAUUUGAAUACAUAAUUAACUCUGUGCUUAAAUUCCUCGAAGAAGGAAAUUACAUUAAUAAAAAUGGAAUCAUAGAAAGCUCAGUAACUAACUUAAGGCCUAUAGUUUUCUAUAUAAUAUUAAAUGCAGACUUAGAAGCAUUAAGGGACAUUACAGAUUUUGAUGAAUUGGAAAUAUUUAUCUGGGCAGUACCCACAAUACCAAAAUGUCUUAUGUGUGAAUUGUUUUGGAAACUUCAUUUAGAUAGAUUUGUUUAUGAAUUAAUUGCAUACUGCAGUCCCCGGCUGAGCUUGGAAUUAGCAGCUACAUUUAUAGACAAUAUUAAAUAUUAUAGUCCAAAUGAAUAUCUAAAUAAAUUGAAACUCGUUACCACAGCAACUCAUCAACUCAUAUGUAGAUUGCACCUAUUUAAUUAUAAAGAAAACGUUUUAUCAUACAAAUUAACUGGGGCCUUAAAUAGUUUUCAAAAAUGCUUGAACUAUUUUACCAACCCUCCUAAAGCAGAAAAAUUGAAUAAUCUUACUAAAGAUGAAUUAUAUAAAUAUAAAGGAUAUUGUUUACAUACAAUGCUUCUAAUAAUAAAAGAGUGUAUGGAACAAUAUACACAAAUCCCAGAAUUAUAUCCAAAUGACAUAGGUGAGUUGUAUGCAAUGACAUAUGAAAGUGAGCCUAGUAUCAAUUUGGUGACCUUCACUGUAUCUGAUAGCCCUAACACAACAAUAUUGGACUGCUUGAAGAAAUGUUACAUUGCACUUCUUGAUAAAUUUCAGCAGCUUGUCAUGGAUGUAAGUGUAGAUAUAUUUUGUGCUUGGAGUGAAUUUACAUUAAAUGGUAGGAGUAUGCAACAAAAAAUUGGGCAACUGUGUUAUGAAACUCGUAUUAAAUUAUUAAAUGUUACCAGCAUAUCAGAUCAUCCGGUUAUAAACAUGAUACAACAGAUAUCAUGCAAGCCAGUUCACUGGAAAGACUUAAUGGAGACAUCUGAUUCUGCUGCCAUCAUUGAAAGCAUUAAUAAUAAUAGUGAAGAUAAAGCAGCUUGCCUACUAGCCUUAACACAUAAAAAGAACUUAUUUCAAGAUAAUAACUUAAUCAAAUGUCUCAUUUCUAACUUGGAACACUUAAAUGAAGAGGCUUGUUGUGAACUUUUUAAAAAUAUUGAAAAUCAUAUGUAUUCUGAUCCAGAAAAUAAUGAAAUAUUAGAAGAACUAGCAAUCAAAUCAUUUCAGCGCUGCAAUAUUUUAAAAAAACAAGAAAUGCUUGCUGAGCAUUUCAGUAACAAUAUAUUCAUUGAUAUGACUGAAAAUAGCGAGUUUAAUUCCAUGUUAAUGGAAAUAUUUAACAAACUAAUUUUAUCACCAGAGUCUGAUAUGAGUGAUAUACUUACUGUUUUUCUUCAAAAUCCUCGACGAGUUUACAAAGAAAUAUUCAACCUAGCAGCGGAAAAUAUUCAGCAAACUAAUAUUAUGCUGGAGGUCAUGAAAGUAUUAUAUAAAUACUCAAGUCAUUAUUACAAUUCUGACACUGAGCCUUGUAUAGUUCUUGUGGUGCAGGAAUGUUUUGACAAUUUUGUGCAGCCUAAAAUUGAAACUCUAUUAAAGUUUUUGUGUAAUUUAAAAAGUUGCAAUUGUAUAACAGGGCCAAAGUUACUUCUUUUAAUUAUCAUGCCAAAGUUACACAAAGCUUUGAUAGAUAGAGAUUUAGAAUGUCUUUAUAUACAAAGCAAGUUAUUAUACGAGGCUUACAGUCUUGAAGAAUUAUUGGAAUAUAGAGCACCAUUACUGGCCAUGUUGGCUCAAAUGCUAGAUGUUGUACGUUGGAAGAUAACCACAUUUGAACCAGCAGCUCCAAAGGCACUACAAAUUAUUUUGCAAUUACAAAUUACAUUAUUUGAUACCUACUCAUCAGGAAUACCUGAUAAUGAAAGCAACUGGUUAAAAAGUAAAUUGAAACAUAUGCAGCCACUAAACAUGUAUUAUUAUCGAAAAUUAUGGAACCCGCCAGGAAACAACUUCCUUGAAAUAAUUUGUGGUAAGCAGAUACAUGAUGAAAUGGACAAAGAGCAGUUAGCUACAUGGUUAUCACAGAUCCUUUGUUCAACCAACCAGCAUGAGUGGUCCGAUAUGUGGGAUAGUUUAACUGUAUUCCCACAAGAAGCGAUGCUGGAUAUAUUCCACGACGCCAUGUCAUUGCUCACUAUAGCUGAGAGAGCAAACAGUACACAGAAAACAUGGCAAUGUUUGCAAUACUGUUACAGAAACUUCAUUUUCAUAAUAAGGUACAAAUUCUUCAAAGAACCUUUAAGUGAUACUCAAGUAACAUCAGUUAUUAAUAAAAUAGAAAUUACGACAAAUCUUAUGGAAGAGAGCCACCUCGAAGUUCUUGGAACAAUUUUAUUACCUCUGUUUGCGUAUAUGGCUGAAAGGAAGAAUGAUUACUCCAUAAACUUAUCACAAUAUAUACACAACAAACUGAGACAUUCCAAGUUUGCUGAUACAGUGAAAAAAGCAUUUACCAAUGGUGCUAUCUGAAACUGAUUAACUACUAUAUUUGUUGUUGCGAUAAUUACAUCAAUAUGAAAACUAAAAGUAAUCCACCGAUUUAUGUUGAAAAUUAAAUGUUAACUUUUUUUCUCAUUUUUAA